AUGAGCCGCUGGGCCCCGCUGCUGCUCUGGCUCCGAGCUGCGGACGCCGUCCUCGGCUCCGGCUCGGGCUCGCGGGCGCCUUUCCUGCACGGUCCCCCCAGUUCCCCACACCCGAAAGCCACGGCCGCGCCUCCCGCAGACCCUCUCGGCACCGAGGGGCCCUGGCUGUUCACCUCGUGCGGGGCCAGCGGCCGGCGGGGGCCCACGCAGAGGCAGUGCGACGGGGCGUACGCGGGCAGCGGCGUGGCGGUGACCGUGGAGGCCGCGGGGCCCCUGCGGGGCGUGCAGCGCUGGCGGGCGCCCGGCCCGGGACACUACCUGAUCUCCGCCUACGGAGCGGCGGGCGGCCGGGGCGCGCGGAACCCCCUGUCGCAGGCGCACGGCGUCUUCCUGUCGGCCGUGUUCGCCCUGGGGCGCGGGGAGCCGCUCUACAUCCUCGUGGGGCAGCAGGGGGAGGACGCCUGUCCCGGGGGCAGCCCCGCGAGCCGGCUGGUCUGCCUCGGGGAGUCGCCCGUGGCGGCGGAGGGCACCGGGAGCGCCCCGGGGCGGCGUGGCGGGGCCGGCGGCGGCGGGGGCGCCACCUUCGUCUUCCGGCUGCGCGCCGGGGAGCCGGAGCCGCUGCUGGUGGCGGCGGGGGGCGGCGGCCGGGCCUACGCGAGGCGGCGGGGCGGAGGCCGGGCCCCGGCGGCCCCGGAGAAGCUGGAGAACCGCUGGGCGGCGCCCGGGAGCGGCGGGCGAGGCGGGGCGGCAGGUGGAGGGGGCGGCUGGGCGUCCCGGGCCCCCUCGCCCCAGGCCGGCCGCUCCCUGCGGGAGGGCGCGGAGGGCGGCCAGGGCUGCGCGGAGGCCUGGGCCGCCCUGGGCUGGGCGGCGGCCGGCGGCUUCGGCGGCGGCGGCGGGGCCUGCACGGCGGGCGGCGGCGGCGGCGGCUACCGCGGAGGAGAUGCCUCAGAGACUGACCUCCUCUGGGCUGAUGGAGAGGAUGGGGUUUCCUUCAUACACCCCAGCAGCGAGCUCUACCUGCAGCCGCUGGCAGUCACAGAGAACCACGGGGAGGUGGAGAUCCGCAGGCACCCCAACUGCAGCCAUUGCCCUUUGAAGGACUGCUUGUGGCAGGCGGGGCUCCACGUGGCUGAAUGCAUCUGCCCAGAGGGCAUGGCACUCGCUGCCGACAACGUCACUUGCGUGGACCUCCCCAGCACAGCGAGCCCGCUGGUUCUGGCGGUGGCUGUGGUGGUCACGCUAACGCUGAGCCUGCUGACGGCAUGCGGGGUCCUGAUUCUGGUGAGCCAAAAGAAGUGGCAGGGCCUGUGGGGGACGAGACUGCCGGGCCCUGAACUUGAGCUGAGCAAGCUCCGAACCUCUGCCAUCAGGACAUCCCCCAACCCCUACUACUGCCAGGUGGGGCCGGGCCCGGGCCAGCCAUGGCCUCUGCCUCCCGGGCUCACCGAGGUGUCCCCAGCCGACGUCACCCUGGUCCGAGCCCUGGGCCACGGUGCCUUCGGGGAGGUGUACGAGGGACUGGUCACCGGCCUUCCUGGGGACUCCAGCCCCCUGCAGGUGGCCAUCAAGACCCUGCCAGAGCUCUGCUCUCGCCAGGACGAGCUGGACUUCCUCAUGGAAGCGCUUAUCAUCAGCAAGUUCAGUCACAAGAACAUCGUGCGCUGCGUGGGGCUGAGCUUCCGGGCGGCCCCUCGCCUCAUCCUGCUGGAACUCAUGUCUGGAGGGGACAUGAAGAGUUUCCUGCGGAGGAGCCGGCCGCGCCUGGGCCAGCCGUCACCCCUGGACGUGGAGAGCUUGCUGCGCUUGGCCCAGGACAUCGCCCGGGGCUGCCGCUACCUGGAGGAGAAUCACUUCAUCCACAGGGACAUCGCUGCCCGGAACUGCCUGCUGAGCUGCACAGGGCCCGGCCGCGUGGCCAAGAUCGGGGACUUUGGGAUGGCGAGAGACAUCUACCGGGCCAGCUAUUACCGCAAGGGGGGCCGGGCCUUGCUGCCCGUCAAGUGGAUGCCCCCGGAGGCCCUCCUGGAGGGGGUGUUCACCUCCAAGACAGACUCCUGGUCUUUCGGGGUUCUGCUCUGGGAGAUCUUCUCUCUGGGCUACAUGCCCUACCCUGGGCGCACCAACCAGGAGGUGCUGGACUUUGUGGUCGCAGGGAGCCGGAUGGACCCCCCGAGAAGCUGUCCAGGGCCUGUGUACCGCAUCAUGACCCAGUGCUGGCAGCAGCAGCCCGAGCUGCGCCCCGGCUUCGCCAGCAUCGUGGAGCGCCUUCAGUACUGCACUCAGGACCCCGACGUGCUGAAUUCCCCCCUACCCAUGGAACCCGCGCCCGUCGUGGAGGAGGAAGGGGCGUCCGCGCCGGGGAACGGGACUUCGGAGGUCCUCAGAGCCCCCCACUCCCAGGGCCCGAGUGCACAGAGCUUGCGGAGCUGGGGAGGAAACCUUCUUGGCACCUGGCUGUCCUCUGGCCUCAAGCCCCCCAAAUGCAGAGGCCUCCAACCCCAGAACCUUUGGAACCCCACAUAUGGCGCCUGGGCCCCCAGGGCGCCUGUGCCGGCUGACCCAGGCGCUGACCUUCACGGCAGCUCCGCCCUGCACCCCUUCCCAGGCCUCUAGGUGGCUUGCCGCUCCUGCCGCCCGUCCCCUGCGGUCUGGGCUGCGUGUCCGGGCCUGCCUCAGGGCUGUCCUGGCAGCAACAGACUUUCCAUCCUGGAAACCAACUCAGGCCUCCUGGGAAGGGCCUGGCCACUCCCAGCUUCUGGUUUGGGGGGCCAGAAGCCAUGGCCUGCCCACCCUGGGAGCCACCGGGGAGGUCUGGACUGCCUUC